CUCAUCUUUUUCGUUACCAUCUGCAUACGCGCGAAAUGUGUUUUUGACCGUUUUGACUUUCUUUCUUAACUGAAACCACUGAAACACGAUUUAGUGCUAGCUUCAUUUUUUAAAGAAAUAUUACCUGAUUUUAAGAAAAAAUUAGAAAAAUAAUAGUAACUAUUGGCUGCAAAUAAUAAUGGUUACAACCAGAAAUGCCAGAGCUUCAAAACGGAAGGCAGUUCCCACUUCAAUGGUUCCAUUGAAACGGCCCAGAAAGUGUCUACAGAAGAGUACUAUCCAGUAUGUUAACCCGCACCUCAAAUAUAUUCAAAACGACGUUGGUCAUCCAAUAACAACGGCUAUGGCCAGUUACGUUCACAGCAGCAUUCUCCAGCUUCCAUUUCAACUGGGCGUACUUAAGCAGGAUACUCUAUAUCAACACUACGAGCUGACAUCUUGGACUACAACGUACCCCGUUCCUCUGAUAACGUAUCACUCAAGCGCCAAGAUGGUCAUUGAUCCCUUGUUAAAACUUGUGAAGGCUAAAAAGAAGCAUGUGGCCACUUUGGCUCACAUGAAGCUGUCGUACGGCCAGAAAAAAUCUGCGUUCAAGAAAGCUUGCAAAGGCUUGGAGGGAAAAUUGUAUCCGAACAUGGUGAUCAAAGUAGCGGAGGAGAUGGAAAGAGAUCCGGACAAAUGGUUUUCGGAUUUACUGGGAUAUGAUUACUAUUUUACCGGGGGAUGUCUGUCCUUGGUGGAUAGAGGACAGUCAAAGUGGAUGCUGCACACUAUUGGUGAUAAAAUGAAUGUGAUCGAAAUGUUCCCAGUACAGUUGGAUGGGAAUGAUGCUAUGGUUGACUCUGAUCAGCUGCACCGAAUCCAAUUGAGCGAAGAUGAUGGGCCAGUGUACGAGAUAAGCUGGGACAGAGUAGAACACGUGAGUGAUACUGUUUCUGCUUCGCAAAUGACCAAGACAAAUGUGAAAUAUGCAUUUAGGAGAAAGUUUAAAGUUGAAGUGUUGUUUGAUGAUGGCGAAAUCGAUCAAUCAAAAGGUAAAACAUGUUGGUCGGAUGUUCCAUUCAUCAGUUGCUGCUUCCUGCAGAGACAUUGCAGCAAUCUAAUCUGCACUUCUGAUUUGGAGAAAAGACUUAAAAUAUGGAAUUACGAUAAGGGCGAUUUACUGCAUGAGUUACAGCUACAACAAGCAGAUAAUACGGAUGAUUGUUGGACAUGUCUUCGACCCUUUGGAAAGAAUCAGAUAGUCUGUUUGGACAGAACAUCUAUCAAACUAUUCAAAGCAAAAGUUAAACUAACUCUGGCCGAAGAAACCCCUAUUUCGAUAUGGUUAUGGUCUUGCGAGAAAGCUUCCAGUUUAGAAGUUUGCUUUGAAAACAAAUUUCUUUUCAUUGGAAGCAGUCAUAAAUUACUGAUUCUCCAAGUAGUUUAUCAAGACGCAAAACCAGCCGAGUUCCAACAGAUUCUAACAUUCACUCACAAUUUGAAGCAUUUCCCGACAAUGAUUCGAUAUAACUUGGAUUCCAAUCAAAACUUUUUUGUGUGGAUAUCUUCUCAUUUGGCCGGCGAUACAGUAAUUUGCAACUUCUCUAAGGUACCUCCAAAGCGAUUUGCAACUAACAUCUUCCCCCAAAAACCAUUGACAGCCCAAGAGGCAUACCGCCUGGCUCGACUCAAAGGGAAAUGUAUUUAUCCAACUGCCAUAUUGAGACGUCGUCUUCGGUUAUGCCAUUCUGGAAUAUCUAUUAUAGUCCAUCACGAUCGAUUCCACCUAUUCAUGCAAAACUCGCUAGGUGACGUAUUCCAUCAGCAAAUAAUCAGUGUUUCUGAAGACGCAGGUUUUGGAAAAAUUCCAGCCGCCUAUCACUCGUUGAUGCUCAAACUCAAUCAAGAAAACCCGCCAAUGGCUAAAGUAACCGAUUUCAAAAACCUUCGAGGUUUCAAAAAGAUAUUUACGUGCACCAACCUCCACUCAUCAACCAUCGCAGCACCUCCGGUAUCUCCAUUACCCAAGCGACUACGUUGGAUGCAAUCCGUUGAAGAACUUCACCAAUACAAAGACGUUCUGGCGCCGGAGUUGCUCCAAAUAUGGGGUUUUCGACCGGAUGUCACAAGCGGAAAGCGAGUCAAGGGUGUUUCAACUGACGAAACGCUGAACGUUUCGGAUCGCAUUUCCGACUGGUUGGACACAACGAAUGAAGAAGUUACGUUUGUUCGGAAUAAAUACAACCCAGUCGAUAUCCCAGCCAGUGAAGUUGUUCAAAUUGGAAGCGAUGACGACGGAGAAAUCCUUCACAGCGUGGUAGAAACAAAAGAAGGUAUAAAAUUAAAGGAACAACAAAAAAAAGCAGUUGUUUCUGAUGUGUUGAAAUGUGCUACGCAGAAGCCUGUAGCCAAACCAGUUAGGCGGAAGUAUGUUCAAGGGUUCUAAUGUGGUUGUAUAAUAGCAGUAUGGUAAGGAAAAUAUCUAGUCUACUAGUUUAUGUUGGAAGACGAAAUAAAAACUAUAUAAAAGUCUGCUUAGACAUUUUCCCGUU